UCACCUUAUGCUCAAAAGUAAACAUCGAACAUCGAUGUCCAUCUCAGAAACGUGUUGAUUUCGUUGUAUUAAAAUCUUUUCUGAUUAUUUUGAAAGUAAUUUUUAAAUAUUGUGUAUAUUGAAGUAAAGUAAAAUGUCUAGCUGGAAGAAAGCCGCCAAGUCGAAUCAAAAGGUUCACCGUGAGCGAGCUCAACCGUCAGCACGGUCCCAUCUGGGAAUCCUCGAGAAGAAGCAAGACUACAAACGGCGCGCCGAUGACCGACACCAGAAGGAAGAUACGCUCAAAUUGCUUCGGAAGCGAGCAUUGACCCGUAAUCCGGAUGAAUUCUACCAUCACAUGAUAAACUCCAAGGUUGAAUCGGGAGAGCAUCACGAACUGGACAAACAGGAUGAACAUUCGCCGGCGCAGAUUCGACUGAUGCAAACACAGGACCUAAAAUACAUCAACAUGAAGCGAACGAUGGAGGCCAACAAAAUCCAACGGCUGCAGGGAAGGCUGCACAUGACCGAAGUGGCCAACCGUAUCCAGAAUAAGCACACAUUCUUCGUUGACGACGAAGAGGAAGCCAGAGGAUUUGAUUUGGCGGAACGGCUACAAACCCAUCCUAGUCUGCUGGGGAGAAAGUCCAACCGACCGAAGCUGGAUCAGUUGGACAAAUUGGUUCUCGGGGUGCAGGAUGAAGCGACGAUUUUGGCAAUGAAUCAGGAGCGCGAAAAAUCAUACAAAGAAUUGCAGCGUCGAGUCGAGCGCGAGAAGGAACUCACAAUUGUGCAGCAAAAGUUGGAGUUGAAGCGGGCUCUGCAGGAGAAGCGAUCCCGCAAACCGAAGCGAGUGGCCAAGGGCACUAAGGACCAAGCACCAAUAUACAAGUUCAAGUACGAAAGAAAGCGAUAAGGAACGAUUAUUUUGUAUAUCAUCAUUUAUUAAUAUCAAUAUAAGUAUGUAAUAAAGGAUAAUCUUAAACUUCGUUAAUAAAUUCAAUCCAACUUUA